AUGAAUCAAGCAGAAGUUAACUUUCUAGCUAGCAAAGGAAUCAAAGUUAUUAAAAUAUUAGGAAAGGGCGCUUACGGAGUAGUUUUUUACGUAUACUGCGAUCACUACAAAUCAUACUUUGCUUUGAAGAAAGUACCAGAGCCAAAAUUUAUGGACGGUGAAUUACAAUGCUUAGUCAAUAUAGAUGACCCCAGAGUUGUUCGUCUCUACAAGAAGUUCGCUAAUGAUGGAAACAUUUAUAUGCUAAUGGAGUAUUGCCGUACAGAUUUACUUGCAGAACUAAGGCAAAAGCAUAAAUUUACAGAUUCGCAAAUGAAAUCAUACAUUCGUGAUAUGGCUUUAUCAAUAAAGGCCUGCCAUGACAGAAAUGCUGCACACUCAGAUAUAAAACCAAGUAACUUUCUGAUUGAUUUCUACGGAAGAUUAAAAAUAAGCGAUUUCGGUAUGUGCGGAAUUUUCACUGGCCAGCCAUGUUCUUCCAAACGUGGCGGUACUUUGGAGUUUAUGGCACCAGAGAUCUUUUCUAAUGUUGCUUAUAACCCAAUUGUGGCUGAUAUUUGGGCUUUCGGUGUCAGUAUUUAUCUCAUUGUCGUUAGGAAGUUCCCUUUCGAUGGUGAAUCGGAUUACGAUAUAAAAAGCAACAUCCAAGAAGGCCAAUACAACAUCCGCCUUGUCAAGGAUCAACAAUUGAGAGAUGUAAUCUCAAGAUGUCUUGAAGUUGAUGUUAAGAAUCGCGCAACAAUAGAUGAACUCCUCAAAAUGCCAUACUUCCAAGAUGAAGACGACCAAUCCACACGUUUAGUUAAGAAAUCUUCUACUAAGGGAAUUAUUGUUCCAAAGAUGAUCAAGAACUCAUUCUUCUCAAGGUCAAACAUUCUUCCACAUAAUGUAGUUUCUAGAAAUAGAGCUACAUUUGCUUAG